GUCUCGGGCAAGCACAUCACAUCCAACCUCUCCCUAGAUUUUCUUUUCUUUUUUUGCGAGUUACGGUCACUUACUGCAUAUCGUGGCGUUGCUAGUUCCUCCUCGUAUUUGAUGCAUCUGGUGACGUCGGUAUUACUUGAUGAUGCGAGGUGGUGGUAUUGAAGGGGAUGGUUGGGUUGGUUGAGUGGAUAUGGAGGGUUGGAUGUAAGCACUUGUUUGCUUUCAGAGAGAGAAAUGCUGGGGAAAUGGCUAGGAAAUGGGAGUCGGUUACGCAGUGUCGUACUCAUACUAGUGUCGUUGGAUUUCUUUUGUUUGUUAUUUGCGCGGGGGAGGCGGGGAGCAUGAACAGGUUUCUGUCAUGUACAUGGUACAUCUACAGUAGGCGCCUGCCUGCCUUUCUGCAAUGGUACAGUACGUACCUGCCUAGGUCCUUGAACCCAACGAAAAAUCGAUUUGUUGCCAUCAUCGGGAGAGGAUGCGAGUACCAUCACAAUUGGGACUUAGUCUUGGUAUCUAGCUCAUAUAAGUUCUCUUUGUGCGCCUUCAUGCUGUGUCACCCACCCAUCCGUUUCCGUUCGCGAUUAUUUGGCUCCCAGGUUGUCGAGAAAUUUCGUCGUUCGCGAUUGCCCUGCUCACGAGACUUUGGUGUCCGAGUAAACAGCGCCGUUCUAAUUACCAAUUCAUUCACUCUCAGUCUCAAGCAGUCUGGAAGCGGGGUUAUUACCUACUAUAUAUCCCAACCUCCUUGACGAGAUUAAUUAAGACAUCCAUCCUCCUCACAUAUACACUAGCUACCCGUCCCUACAUUCCUCCUUCUACCCCGCCAUCUGAACCACGAUAUCUAAUCCACGUAACCAAUUACCAGGACCAGCAAUCAAUCGAUUGAUCAGCGGCAUCCUCCGCGUUUCCCAAGAUGUUGGGUCUCCUACUCGUUGUUCUGGCGGUGUUUGGUGCCUUGGUACACGCUCAGAAUGAGAGCUUGGCGUACUCACCACCGUUUUAUCCGUCGCCUUGGAUGAAGGGGACUGGGGAGUGGAGCGAGGCGUAUGCGAAGGCAAAGGAUUUUGUGAGUCAAUUGACGUUGUUGGAGAAGGUCAAUAUUACUACUGGUAUGAUUUACUCCCUCCUCUCCUACCAUGGGAUAUGAAGCUAUUCCCUCCUCACUCCCCAAUCACCGGAAACUAAAACCAACACCAAAAAUAUUAAUAAAAAAUCACUAAUCUGUGUUUUCUUUGUAAUAGGCGUAGGAUGGGAAAGCGAAGGAUGUGUAGGAAAUACCGGAUCCGUCCCUCGAUUGGGUCUCAGAGCUCUGUGUAUGCAAGAUUCCCCCUUGGGAAUCCGUUUCGCAGAUUACAGCUCGGUUUUCCCUUCUGGUCAGACGGUUGCGGCGACUUUUGAUCGGGGACUUUUGUAUGCGAGAGGUUAUGCUAUGGGUAGUGAGAUGAGAGAUAAGGUGAGUUUCUACCCUAUUUUCUAUGAGUAUGAGAAAUGAGAGGAAUUGGAUUGGGGAGUUGUGCUGAUGUGUUGAAGGGUAUUCAUGUUCAACUUGGUCCGGUUGCUGGUCCGCUUGGUCGGAUGGCUGCUGGUGGGAGAAAUUGGGAGGGCUUUUCGCCGGAUCCUUAUUUGAGUAAGUUUUGAUUCUUGGAAUAGAGAAUUGAGAGAUGGUUGCUGACUCGAGUAGCUGGUGUUGGUAUUGCUGAGACUAUUAAGGGUAUUCAGGAUACGGGUGUUAUUGCUUGCGCCAAGCAUUACAUCGUUAAUGAACAGGUGGGUGCUUAUUUCAGUUUAUACUCGAGGGAAAAAAGUCUAGUUUACUUGAAGGCAGUGAUCUUUGGCUUUUUUCCUUGUGUUUUUGGAAGUCCUGACCACAGGAGACGCGACAACACAAAUGGGAAGAUCACGAAAACUCACGAUCAUCUUCUCAAAUUCCGUGACUAACACUUCGCAGGAACACUACCGUCAAGGGGCACCAGAACAAAACAUUACCGAAUCCAUCUCAUCGAAUGUCGAUGAUGUGACUAUGCAUGAGCUCUAUUUGUGGCCUUUCGCAGAUGCCGUCAAGGCAGGAGUGGGUAGUAUUAUGUGCUCAUACAACCAAAUCAACAACUCAUACGGAUGCGCUAAUUCCAAGAUGCUCAACAACUUGUUGAAAGAUGAGUUGGGAUUUCAAGGUUUCGUGAUGAGUGAUUGGCAAGCACAGCACACUGGAGUCGCUUCUGCAGCUGCUGGUUUGGGUGAGUGGUUCCGAUUUUCGACGUGAUAAAGACGAGAAAAGCUUACAUAUUUCCUAGAUAUGACUAUGCCUGGAGACACGGUUUUCAGUACUGGUGUUAGCUUUUGGGGAACAAAUCUGACCCUUGCCGUCCUUAAUGGAACUGUUUCUCAGGCUCGCCUCGAUGACAUGGUCAUGAGAAUCAUGACACCUUACUUCCAUGUUGGAUUCGGCUUGAAUGAACCUGAGCUUAACUUCAAUUCCUGGACUUUUGACACAGUCGGUCCUCGACAUGCGUCGGUUGGAGCAAACAUCCAGCAAAUCAACUUUCACGUGGAUGUUCGUCGAGACCACGAUGUUCUCAUCAGAAACAUUGCUGCUCGAGCCACUGUUCUACUCAAGAACAUUAACAACGCCCUACCUCUGAAGAAGCCAAAGUUCCUCGCCGUGAUCGGUGAAGAUGCUGGACCUAAUCAAUGGGGACCUAAUGGAUGUGCAGAUCGUGGAUGUGAUAAUGGAACACUCGGGAUCGGAUGGGGUUCAGGAACUGCCAACUUUCCAUAUUUGGGUUAGUCUGUCUUAUAGAAGAGUUCAGUCUUGGCAAAUGAGCUAACAUAUAAUAGUCACACCCGAUCAAGCAUUACAAGCCCAAGCACUUCAAGACAAAACUCGAUAUGAGAGCAUCUUUGAUAACUACGCUGAUGCCCAGAUCAAAGCUUUGGUCUCGCAAGCAAAUGUUACGGCCAUAGUCUUCGUCAAUGCAGACUCUGGAGAAGGAUAUAUCAAUGUUGACGGUAAUGAGGGUGACCGAAAUAACCUCACUCUCUGGCAUUCCGGUGAUGAGCUUGUCAAGAACGUUUCUUCUUAUUGCCCCAACACGAUUGUUGUCAUUCAUUCAGUUGGGCCUACCAUUCUCGAAUGGCAUGAUAAUCCAAACAUUACGGCAAUCUUGUGGGCAGGUCUUCCUGGUCAAGAGAGUGGAAACAGUAUUACGGACGUUCUAUACGGAAAGAUCAAUCCUGCUGGUCGAACACCCUUUACCUGGGCACCAACUCGAGAGAGUUAUGGCCCUGAUAUUCUGUAUGAGGGUAAUAGAGGUACAGAUGCGCCACAACAAGGUUUCACAGAAGGUGUAUUUAUUGAUUACCGUGCGCUUGAUAAGACAAAUACAACACCAAUUUACGCCUUUGGUCAUGGAUUGUCGUACACAACCUUCUCUUACUCGGACCUGAAGAUUACUCCAGCUGCCCCAGGACCUUACACACCAACUACUGGCAUGACAGAACCGGCACCUACAUUUGGUACUUACUCCAAGGAUACCAAGGACUACUUAUUCCCAAAUGGCAGCUUCCCGUAUAUCCGACAGUACAUUUACCCAUAUCUCAAUAGCACCAAUGCACGAGAAGCUUCUCUAGACUCAACAUACGGCCAAACCGCCGAUCAGUUCCUUCCACCCAACGCCCUCUCCACCGACCCUCAACCUAGACUUGCAGCAGGCGGAGGACCCGGUGGAAACCCACAACUUUGGGACGUCAUGUACACAGUCACAGCAACCAUCACCAACACCGGCCCAUUGAAUGGCGAGGAAGUACCCCAACUGUACCUGAGUCUGGGAGGAGCCAACGAUCCCAAGAUUAUCCUGAGAGGCUUCGAUCGAUUGAGUAUUGAUUGUGGGAAGAGUGUCACGUUCACUGCUAACCUCCUCCGUCGAGAUUUGAGUAAUUGGGAUCCUGUACAGCAGAAUUGGGUCAUUACCAGUGCGCCCAAGACUGUUUAUGUGGGGCCUAGUAGUCGAAAUUUGCCGCUGAGUGCGAGAAUCUUGGGGUAUUAGAUGGGUGAUGAUAGAGGUGGAGUGGAGGUAGAUUUUGCUCUUUUGAUACGAGGUUGGUUGACUGUGGUGGCUUAAAGAGAUGUGGGUUUGGAGUUUGGAGAACAGACCUUGAAGACUGGAGCAGACACACACAAGGAGAGAGAGAGAGCAGGGAGAGAAAAGAAAGAACUUGGCUUUUGCAGCUUGGGCUUGGGCUUGGGCUUGUUGAUAAUGAGGGAUGGGUUGGUUGGGUGGUUGGUACAUAAGACAGACACGGCACUGUACUUUUCGUACAGGUGAAUAAAUAAUCAUAAUAGCAAG